AUGUUAACACGUUCUUCUGUUUCUAAAGAAUCUGCCACAGAUCUUGAAAACUUAACACCAUAUUCACCUUCCAAUGUUUUUCCAGAGGAUGAAAGUGUUGAACCUCCCAAAAAACGCGUCAGACGCAAAAAAGAAUCUACGUCGACAAAGGAGUCUAUAACUACAUUAGAUGGAAUUUUCACAUCAAAUGAAACUAAUCCUGAAGAACAAUUUUUUAAGAAUUUUCGCUUACGUCGUAUAGUCAAAGAAAAUCAUGGGCAUGACAUAAAUCAACUGGCUUUCUUUUUCAAUUUAACAAAUUAUGAGGCUCCUGUAGGUUUAGAAUACAAAAAAAUCUUUAAUAAACUUGGUCAUGUCGAACGUAAUAUACAUGAUUCAAGUAACGUUUUAGCAAGUGCAAAUAUCUAUGAUAAUGAACACUGUGGUGAUCACUUGGAUAUUGUAUCCAAUUUUGCUAUUUGUGAAAAUAUUGAUCUAGCUUCAGGCGAACUAUUAACUUGCUGUUGGUUGCACCGAGAUGAAGAUGCCUUGUUGGCCAUUGCUGGAAAUUCGCGUGCUAUAUAUAUUAUCAGUCUUGCCUUAUCCAUUACUUUAAAAACAUUGUGGGGGCAUAAUGACAUCAUCACUGAUAUUCAAAAGCACCCGAAAGAUGACCAACAUAUAUUGUCUGCAUCAAAAGACGCAAGUGUGAGAUUAUGGCAUGUAGAUAAAGGCACGUGUUUGUACGUGUUUGAAACUAGAGCUUCAGUAAUUUACUGGCAUCCAUCCGGUCAAACAUUUUUAACUGGAAAUUAUACCGGUGAAAUUCGGAUUUGGGAAACUCCAAAUUUGAUCAAUCCACCUAAUGAUACAUUACAUCUCUUUGAAGAUGAUCUUAAAAUACGGUUUAGAAAGAUCCAUUCUGUUCAAAUAGAUUGUAUUCGAUUUGUUAAUGGGAAUGUGCUAUCAAAAUCAAUAAAUGGCAAAAUCGAAUAUUGGAAUUACGAAACAUUUGAACUUAUUAAAUCUUUCCUUAUCAAAAACAGCUCAAACAAUAGAUCGAGAUUUGAUGUUAGUUUGGAUGAAAAGUACUUUUGCGUGGGUACGAGUAACGGUAGCAUCAAUAUAUAUAACGUCUUAAGUGGUAAGUUGGUAACAGAACUUCGUCAUCGACGAUCAACCAAGGCUGUAAGAUGUUGUAUAUUUUCAAGAGAUACAAAGCAAGUACUUGCGGCUGGUGAGGAAGGAUACAUUUGGAGGUAUGAUUAUAUUAGCGAUGAAACAUUGGCAGAAUGGGCGAAAUGGAAACAAACAAAACAAGAUGAAUAA